AUGAAAUGCCAAAACAAAGACAAUGAUAUAGACUUUGAUCAAAAGUUUAACAGACGCAUCUCUCAUAGUGCUGGAAAAACUAGCAUCAUAUUGAACUUGAUCAAGUCUCUUCCACCAGCAUACAAUGUUGUCAUCUUGAAAAACGAGUUUGGUGAUAUUGCCGUAGACUCUCAAAUAGCAAGUCAAUCCAACGUCCAAGUCACAGAGUUCUUGAAUGGCUGCUUCUGUUGUGUUCUUGUCGGUCAAAUGAAGCUCGCGUUGUUGGAGAUACGUGAUAAGCUUCAUCCCGAUCGAAUAAUUGUCGAGACUUCUGGAUCAGCCUUUCCUGCCCCCAUUGCAUGGCAGAUUCGAGAAUUGGAAAAGGAGGACGGAUUCAAGCUCGACGCUAUCGUAACCGUCGUGGAUUCUGUCAACUUUAGUGGCUACGAAGAUACGAGCUAUACCGCUAAAAUGCAAGCAAAAUAUACCGAUCUAAUCAUCAUGAACAAGUCCGAACUCGUCACAGAACGAGAGUACGAUCUCGUCAUGGACUCAGUUUGUGACCUCAACACUGAUACGCCAAAGGUCAAAGCUGGACCAGGUGGAACCGUUGAUGCUAAUCUUAUAUUUGGGCUGGAUUCCAAACUGUUUGAACUGGAGAAGAAAGGUCAAGAUUCGGUGGUUCUGAAUGAUGUUGAUCAUCAUUACAAGGAAGUGGAUCUUAUACAAAUCGUCAUCAAUAAAAAGCAAAAAUCUACUCACUCUCAUCAUAAUCACCAUCACGCUUCAGCACAUCACUCAGACUCUAUAGACCCUCAACACUCACAUAAACAAGAUCACACAGAGUCAGCCGUAGAACCCCAGGAGCUAACACUACACACACAAUCAUCACUGUCAGAUGCACUAGCAAAACUGUCUGUAGAUUCCAUAUAUCGAAUCAAGGGAUUUAUAGAACUAGCAGACUGUGAGACUCCCAUGAUUCUAAACUAUGCCUUUGGACGUCAUCAACUUUUAGCAAUGACUAAUAUAGCACAUGAUACGAAUGAUGCUGUCAGGUUGACUGUUAUGGGUAUCGGGUUGAAGAUGCAGUCAAAAGUAUUGUCUCACUUGUUUGGAGUGAGGGGAGGGUAUGACCUUUUUGAGUUGACUGAAGCUCUGCCACGACAAUAG